AUGAUCAAAACAACGUUUUUAAUUUUCUGUUUGUUGGCACUGCAGUGUUACUCGGUUUUUUCGUCGGAACAAUCAACAGGACCUCCUACUAGGACUACUACAAGACGAGUACCAUGUACACUUUUGUGUGAGGAAAAGCAGGGAUGCACUUCUUAUGAGAAUUAUAACAGAUGCAGAUGUGACUACGAUUGUUCUCCAACAACAACACCAUCUUCAUUACGUUAA